AGAGAGUUAGGGCUUUAUUACCUCGUCGUCCUAAAACGAACACUGUCGUACCCAACGAGACUUGGAAAGUGAUUUUGUUUGAAUAAAUAGUUGAGCCAAGCUCCAGCCAGUUUUUAGUGGAUUUUUGUUGUGUUAUUUAAAUUAGAAGGAUGGGUAUGAGAGGGUGGAAUUGGUGGGUGCUGGUGUGCACCUCGCUGGCUGUCCUGCCCGCUCUCACGGAGGGCAAGACGGUGAAGUAUGAGACAUUUGAGGAGGACGCCCCGACGACUGUCAUCGGAAACUUGGCCAAGGACAUUUCAAUCAGCCCCUCCUCGGGCUCCAAGACUAAUUUCAGGAUGAUGAAGCAGUUCAACUCGUCUUUUAUCCGUUUGAGGGAGAGCGACGGCCAGCUGACUAUCGGAGAGAGAAUUGACAGAGAGAGAAUUUGCAAACACACCCUUCACUGCCUCAUCGCAUUUGAUGUGGUCAGCUUCUCCAAAGAGCAGUUCAAACUCAUCCACGUCGAGGUGGAGGUCAAGGACAUCAACGACAAUUCCCCCGAGUUCCCCCGGAAAGAGUCGAGUUUGGAGAUCUCCGAAAACACAGCUGUGGGCACGCGGAUCCCGUUAGACUUCGCUGUGGAUGAGGACGUGGGUUUGAAUUACAUCCAGAGCUACCAGAUAUCCGUUAACAGUCACUUCACCAUAGAUGUGCUCAGCAGAGCCGACGGGGUUAAAUAUGCGGAGCUUGUGCUCAUGAAGGAGCUGGACCGUGAGACACAGGCUUCCUAUGCGCUCGAGCUGGUUGCUAUGGAUGGUGGCAACCCGUCCCGCACUGGAACGACUCGCAUCAACGUCAAGGUGAAAGACUACAAUGAUAACAGUCCGGUGUUCGACAGGAACAAUUUCUCAGUCGACCUCCCUGAGGACGCACCGGUAGGGUUUCUCUUACUGGACCUGAACGCAGAAGACCCGGAUGAGGGGCUGAAUGGGGAGGUGGUGUAUGGGUUCGGUAACCAGGUGCCAUCAGAGAUUCGACAACUUUUCAGAGUGGACCGCAAAACGGGACGCCUCACCCUUGAGAGCCCCAUUGACUUUGAAAGCAAAAAAACGUACGAAUUCGACGUCCAGGCGACUGACCUGGGUCCAAACCCGAGCCCGGCUAUCUGUAAGAUAGUGGUGCAGGUGCAGGACGUUAACGACAACGCGCCAGAGAUCUCCAUCACGCCUAUGACCUCCAUCACGGCGGGAAUCGCCUAUAUCACGGAGUCUGCGGCACGCGAGAGUUUUGUUGCUCUAGUCAGCACCUCGGACAGGGACUCUGGUGCUAACGGACAGGUGCACUGCACGCUCUACGGCCACGACCACUUCAGGUUGCAGCAGGCGUACGAGGACAGCUUCAUGAUCGUGAGCACAAGCCCGUUGGACCGGGAACAAAUCCCUGAGUAUAAUCUAACAGUGGUGGCAGAGGACUUGGGUUCCCCACCAUUCCGGACCAUCACCCAGUACACCAUCCGGUUAAUGGACGAGAAUGACAAUGCCCCUGUGUUCAGUAAGCCGGUGUAUGAAGUGGCUGUGGUGGAGAAUAACGCACCGGGUGCUUACAUCACUACGGUGGUCGCCAGGGACAUGGACUUGGGCCACAAUAGUAAGGUGAGCUACAAGCUCGCUGACGCCUAUGUCAUGGGCUCUCCGGUGUCCGCUUUUGUCUCACUGGACCCCGCGAGUGGCUCCCUUUAUGCACUCAGGAGCUUCAACUAUGAAGUCAUGAAACAGCUCGAGCUCCGCAUCACAGCCAGCGACGGUGGGUCCCCGCCCCUCACCGGAACCACGACCGUUAACAUUAGGAUAGUGGACCAAAACGACAACGCACCUGUCAUCAACCAGCCCGUGCUCAAUAAUGGGUCCGCAGAGGUUCUGCUGCCCCGGGAUGCGCCCUCAGGCUACGUCAUCACCCGGGUGGAGGCGCAAGAUGCUGAUGAGGGCUUGAAUGCAGAGCUGUCCUACAGACUUGCCUUUGGAGAGGCAUCCGUGUUCUCCGUUAACAAAGCCACCGGAGAGGUCUACCUCAACCGCGUGCUCAGUCACGGCGUGGACGAGACCCUGCACGUGACCGUCACGGUGAGUGACAACGGGAGACCUGCGCUCACCACCGCCGCCACGCUUCACUUCCUCAUCAUUGCGGGCGCCCCUCCGAGCGACAGGACCGUGUACCGGGCAGGCAGCAGGGAGGCCGGGGAGCACACACCGUGGGACCUGUCAGUGGUGAUUAUCAUCGUCCUCGCGGGGAGCUGCACGCUCCUGCUGUUAGCCAUCCUCCUCAUCGCCACCACCUGCAACCGGCGGAAACGGGACAAGACUGGAGAUGACACUGACUCGUACGGGGAGAAGGAGACUCUGGAAAGAGGCAAAAACAACGGCGACAACCCACUGCUGCCGCUCCACGGAGUCGUGGGAGGGUUUGAAGCCCACACCUUCUCGAGCCAGCCUGGUUUUGCCGGGGAACACACUGGUAGCAGUGACCUGUGCUCCGCCUCAGAAGAUGGGAGCGAGGCCCCGUGCGUCUACGAACCGGACAGCAAACCCAAGGGCUACUCCACUCUGCCCGGCUACGGAAACGGCUACAAUAAUGGUAAAGAAGUGGUCAGACCAAUCACCAUCUGGAAGGGCAACUCCUACACCACCAUCUCCGCAAGAGACCCCGCAUUCAGCGGGAAGGACAGCGGGAAAGGCGACAGUGACUUUAACGACAGCGAUAGUGACAUCAGUGGCACCGACCUGAAGAAGGAGGGAGCACUGGUACCCCCCAUGGGUGGCCAGAAUGGUCUAUGGGCGUGUACCAGUGAGUGUAAGAUUCUGGGUCAUUCUGACCGCUGCUGGAGCCCUUCCACUGUCCACGCUAACACCGGUCCCUCGCCCGUCCCCACCCCUACCGGCCAGACUCUCUCCUCCUUCAACAGUCUCUCCAAGACGGCCUCGCUGCCCCGAGACUCGCUCCGGCGGGACAAUUAUUACCAGGCGCACAUCCCCAAAACGACCGGCCUGCAGAGUGUGUAUGAGAAGGUUCUGCAUAGAGAAUAUGACUAUGUCCUGGUCACUCCUCCCAUACCCAUGAGAGUUCAGGAGAUGAGUGAAAUCACUAUCCCAGUCUACGGUCCGACCACCACACGGUGUCCCAGCAAUGAAGUCUAAAGAAGAACCUAAAUAACAGCAUUCAACAAUGUGUUUCAUUUCGUUUAUAAAACCAUGACAAUGAGAAUUACAUGUUGCUUACAAAUGUAGGAGAUUAUUUGUCAUGCAAAUGAGUUUGUAUAUCCUAAAGAAUAUUUGUGUAUUUUGAAUUUUUAAGUGUUUCAAUGUAAAAGUCACAUUUGGACUCUGUAUCCAAUCACUGUUAUGACUUUGUUGGACAUAUACUGUGUAACUUAUGCAAGGAUUUGUACAUAAAGAGAGUUUAUUUUUUUAUAAAAAUCAUAAUUAAACACCGACGAUGUGUACAUAUGAAUUGUAAUUAUACUGAUUCUAAGGCAUGCCUACUAUUCAAAUGGCCCAGAAACCACGGUUCUGAUGCCGGAGACCCAAUGUAUCAAGUUGAUAACUAUGUAUGAAUUUAUUUAAAUACAAUGAUGUAAUAAUUGUUUCGAUUUUCUAUCACCAUAUUCGAAAGAAAAUAAACGU